UGUUUUCUUUUUUUUCUGCACUCCCUAUUUUAACUUUUUUUUUGGCAUUUUUCAGUUAUUCAAUUAUCUUAGUAAAGUGACGCUGUUUGCGGAUUGAAUUGCGAAAGGUCAGGGUGCUACUUGAUUGGUAAAUAAUGACUGUUUCCCCGAUUAAUCACACAAAGGCACUGGAGGGCACAGGUGUGCUCCAGUGGGAGUUGGAAUUACAAACUCCCCACCAUCUAUCAGAACAAUAGGUUCUCCUUAUCCAGAAUUCAUGGACUUGUUGUUGAUUCAGCCUGUCCAGCAGAGCAAUUAAUUAAACAUUAAAUACCAAUCGCCAAUAACCCUAAUAGAACCUCCCUCUAGCUGACCUCCAACUGAAAGGCUAUCGACUUUUUGUGGGUGGUUGUCCAGGUGGUAGCUCCUUUAUUUCAAUUGCCAAUUAUGGCCCACCGAAAUACUUCAAAAAAUUAAUCAGAACUUGCUCGAAACACCAAUCUCCCCAGGCACUCAUUUCUUUUUAUGAGAAAGCCUAGUUAACUAGCUAAUACAGGUACUACCAUUAGUUACAAUUAGCCCCAACAGAUGCCCCAAUAAAUAUUCAUUCCAAGAAUAGUCAGUGUACUAGACUGUUCUUUGGGAAAUGUUUUCGUUUUCGUCUCCAGGUGUAUAGUGUAGAUAUGUAAACCAGGUGAAACCGGUUGAUACUGCUUAUCGUUCACGGAUACUUUUGUGCAAUGUUUGUCGGAAUAAACAUUUGCAUGAAACACAAAAAAAAAAAAAACUAAAUAGAUUCUCUCUGGCGGGUUCUUAAUUAGGGCAUUGGAAUUUUUUGAGGGGGAACCUUAUCGGGAACAUGUGUUUCUGUUUUUUUUUGGGGUAGGUCGGAUUUUCUUUUCAAUGAGAGUGUUUUUUGGCGAAUAGUUUAGUAUUUAGACAUCAAGGCUUGAGAUUUAUAGAUUACUUAACCCACAUGCCCUUGAAUUACUCAUUGGAGGCCAUCGUUAUCCGAGAAGAGGAAGUACUCCACCAUGUUAUACGAUAUAUUUGCAUUUGUGACGCCGGCUUAAUAGGAAUCCCAUUUGAAUCCGACUCGUAAGCGAAAAAAAUAACAAACGAGCAAACAAAUAGAUACACGAGGAAUACGACUAUUCCAUUAUAAUAUAUAGAAAAAUAUAUAUGUAUAGAAAUGUCUGGCCGAUAAGAACAAUGACGACGACACAGAGGCCAAUAGCCGAUGAUAUUCUGAUAUUUGAGAAUUGUAUAGCCGAGUCGAGGGGACACUGGCAUGCGGGAGCGGACUUUCCCUUUUUUGUUUACGACUUCUGCGGGAAUAUAUAAAUAUACAACCAGAUACACCAAUAUACCAGAUACAGUAUGGUAUUCCGACGAUAAACUCUCGGCAAGAUCAUGUGCCAGGGCACAUGGCUUAUCUCGAAGAUACACCACCAACUCUGGGGGCAACUGCAUUGCAGCGUAAGCUUCGUCAAGCGAAAAACGAGAAUCCACUGGAGAUGGAGGAGCUGGAAGAGCUAGAGGAGCUGGCAGAGCUAGAGGAGGAGAUGGAGGAGCAGCCGGAAAAGAAUGUGCUGGAACUAACGCCACCAGCAACGCCCCCAACCCCAGCACCACCCACCUCGCCCACCAGCAGCAUUGCCAGCAGCUUGGAUUUCCAAUCGAGAACACGUCGUGAGCUGGAGAGGAACAGGGAGUUUGUCAGCUCGCUGCUGAAGGAAUACGAACGCAUCGAAAGGCUCUGGAAUCCCCGACAUCCCGACUACAAGUACAAUGCCAAGAGGAGUGCCUACGAAGAGCUGGCUGCCCCACUGGAGUCCAUCUGCCACAUGCGACUGACUGGAGCGGAGAUCUUCGCGGUGCUCAAGGAACUCCGGGGCAGAUACCGCCGGGAGCUGAGCAAACUGAACGCCCUGGGGGGGAAGUACAAGUCCAGACUGUGGUACUUCGACAAAAUGCACUUCCUUAGAGGAGUGAUUGAAAACAAAAGAGCCGAGAGGGAAGCUAAGAUCACCAAUGAAUGCAAUGAGAGCGAAAAGUCCUGCGAAACGGAUGCCGACUCCUGCAGCAAGUCCGCCCUCUACCGAGAAGUCCUGAGCUUCCUCCUCGACGCUUUCAAGCGCAUGGAGUGCCUGUGGAAUCCCCAGCACUAUGACUACUCCAGCUGUUGCAAGAAGGAGCUCUACCGGGACAUAUCCACCCAACUGCAGGAGGAUCUCAACUACGAGCUAAGCGGCGAGGAGUGCUACAAGGAGAUCCAGAAGCUGAGGACCCGCUACCGCAAGGAACUGCGGAUGGUCAUCAAGCACAAGGGCCUGUACUUGCCCAAGCUGUGGUGCUACGACGAGAUGGAGUUCCUGCAGCCCAUCCUGCAGGAGCAAAUCUUUCACAAGAUCAAUAAGAAGGUUGGCGUGGUGGAGACCAAUCAGAAGACCAAGUUCAUCGAUGCCAGCUCCAUUCCGUUCGCCACCUCCGAGGAUCAGCUGCAAUUCGUGGAGAUCUACCGCAACUACGCGGCUCUGUGGGAUGUGGAUCAUCCCGACUACCGAUCGAAUGCCUAUCGAAGUCAGGCCCUGGGCCAAAUGCUGGAGGAGAUCAACACCAGCUUCGCCUCGGGCUACACCCCGGAGCAGUUAGAAAAGACACUGUUCGACUUGCGGAAGGACUUCUCGGCACAAAAGCGUAAGAUACUCACGGAAGCUAGUGACACAAUCAGUAUUCCCCUUCUGCACGCCAAGUUAGCAGAGUUCCUGGAGCCGAAUAUCGGACCCUUCCGCUGCGAUGUGUGCUCCGAGCUGGUAAAGACCUGUGACCAGUACAAAGUGCACCGAUCCGGGCACGAUGGAACCCAGCCCUUCAUCUGCACCUUGUGCGGAAAGGGCUUCCAAAUGCCCUGCAACCUGACGGUGCACAUACGCCGGCAUCGAAGGGACUUCCCGUAUGCCUGUGAGCAGUGCGACAAGCGCUUCGCCACCUCCACCGAGGUGGCCAUCCACCUGCGCACCCACACCGGCGAACGGCCCUACAUCUGCGACCUGUGCGGGAAAUCCUUCAAGACCUGGUCCUUCUUCGACAUCCACCGACGCCGGCACCUCAACCAGUCGACCUUCCACUGCCCCAUCUGUGCCAAGGGCUUCUACGAGAAGAACCGCUUCACGGAUCACAUGAACAGUCACUGGGCGAUACGCAAGCACCUGUGCACGGUGUGUGGGAAGGCGUUCACCACCUACGGCAACCUGAAGAAGCACACGGAACUGCACCUGGCGGUGAAGAAGUACAAAUGCAGUGCGUGUGGCAAGAGAUUCGCCCAAUUCGCCAGUCUGCGAUGGCACAAGAAGAAGGAGCACUCCGCCGAGACCGGUACGGAGGAGGAGGAGAAGUAGACCUCCGCCGGACACUCUACUCUAUUUACACAGCAAUCGUAGAGGUUUAAGUUUUUUCAUCGCGUACUUAAUGAUAUCAGUACUUGUAGCAUAUCGUCGAUCUAGCACUAAGUAAUCUAUUUAUUUAGAAUUUAAGUGAAACUGAUAGAGGGCCAGAGUGCCGUUUAAGGAAUUCUUAAAGCAAAGAAAGUGAAACCAAAAAUGUAUUGUUUUAAACUCAAUUUUGUUUGUACAAUCUGGCCAAGUGCCGGUUGUAACCAGAUUACGCUAGAAUAUUCCUCGCCGCCGAGUCGUAAAUCUUCCAUCCAAUCAUUAUUCAUUUAUAUAUCCGCUGUUUGGCUAAUUUCUCGAAUGUUUAUUGACUCCAAUUCCCAGUCAUCCCAGUCGAUGAAAGUGCAAGUGAAUCGUGAAUCGCCCAACGCCCAGAGUUAUUGCAUUUUUAUCAGCCCAGAAUGCUCACCCUUCUCCUCAAUUAGAUUUCAUUAAAUUGUUGCAACAGAACGAGUACGAGUACGAGUACUGCUGAAAAUGAAAAUUAAUUGCACCCAACGACUUGUGUGCUCACAGAACAAUGUCUCGAGCUAAAUGCAUUGAACUGUAACGCAGUAAUUAUCCAAAGGCAUUGGUAAAUAAAAUCGAAAGCUAAUCAACUGUCGAGGGGGCGUCGGAGGAGCUCCACAAAUUAAAAACAAUAUAUCAACAAAGAUAAAUGGGGCUUGGCUCCGAAACGCGAUUUAUAUAGUUCAAAUAUACGGCCAUAAAUAUUUAUUGUUUCGAGUAAUAAGCUUUGGAAGUCGGCACGAGUUAGAAGUUUUUUUUAUUUAAUGUUUAUGACUUUUAAUGUGGCAAUAAAAAUUAUUUAAAGUGAAAUUGCACUACUCAUGGAA